AUGCCGGUUCCAGAGCAGCCUGCGGAGCAGGAGAAGGGGGCCAUGGUUGCCCCUGUGAUGCCAGCCUCCAAUGGAGACAGAUCUGAGACAGAAACGACCUCCUCCAUCCUUGCCUCUGUCAAAGAGCAGGAGCUCCAGUUUGAGCGCCUGACCAGGGAACUUGAGGCUGAGCGUCAGAUUGUCGCCACCCAGCUGGAGAGAUGCAAGCUGGGAUCAGAGGCAGGCAGCAUGAGCAGCAUCAGUUCGACAGAUGAGCAGUUUCGCUGGAACGCCCAAGCGGACGGACAAAAGGAUAUCGAGGAUGAGUUGACGACAGGUUUGGAGUUGGUGGAUUCCUGCAUUCGCUCCCUCCAGGAAUCAGGAAUACUCGACAGCGGAGAACGACCGGCUCUUCUUUCCCAGAGUUCCUUGCAGCUCAACUCCACCCCGGAGGCUUCGCUCCAGUACUCUGCCAGCUACCAUAGCAACCAGACCCUCGCCCUUAGCGACAGCAUCUCCGCAGCAACUCCUCAGCGCAGCGGGCAGGUUGGAGGAGCCGUGCACAGCUACAACCAGGUGACAUCUAGUCGUGCAGCCCAGCAGCAACAAUCGCAAACUGGAGCAGGGUCAGGUAUUUACUACUCCAGCUCCACCUUACCUGCCCAGCGUGUCAGUUCCCCUCUGUCUGGAGGAGGGGGAGGCUCUGGAUCCGGUUCCCCCAGUAAACUUCAGCGCCUGGGAUCAGCUUCCGACACGCCGGGGUACUCCACCACUCAACGCCUGCCUUCCUCUUCCUCGUCUCCCAGCAAACAGUCUCCUGCGAACCGACUGGCCAAGUCAUACAGCACCACAGUUGCUGUGACAACUGCAGGAGGGGGCGGGUCUCCCCUGAGGGUCGCAUCUCCACCCAACUCUACAGCAGCAGGGGGAGGGGCCAGCUCAUCAUCGUCCCCUCUUCACCAGAUGAGUUCAGGCAUAGGGAGCUAUGCCACUCUGUCUCCCAAACGGCUGGCAGCCCACCACGCUUCUGACCAGUACAAGAUCUCCCACGAGCUCUACGCUACCGCUACCCUGCAGAGGCCUGGCAGUCUGGCAGGCUCUCGUGGCUCCUAUAGUAGUCAACACAGUCAGGAGCCCCUUCGGCCCUUGGGGUCCCCGGAGCACCACAUAGAUCCCAUCUAUGAAGAACGUGUCUACCACAACAAGGGCCCCAUGAGGAGCCUUAGCCAGAGCCAGGGGCCAGAUACAGACCUGACCCAGCGUGUCCAUGACCAGGUCCUAAGUUAUGUCCUCUGUCCCUACUUUCCCACCAUAGCUCCCUCCUCCCCUGGUGUCGACUCCGCCCCUUUGCAGCGCACAGGAAGUCACGGCACCGGGACAGGAAACUACAGCCGUGGCGGGACCAACAACUAUGCCACGGUGGGACCAGGCUACACCUCAAACCCGUAUGUGGCGGACCCCUACCGCACCCUGCAGUACUGCCCUUCGGUGGUCGAAUCGCCCUACAGCAAGUCUGGACCGGCUCUGCCGCCCGAAGGGAGCCUCCAGCGUUCCCCUUCCAUCGACUCCAUUCAGAAAGACCCCAGAGAGUUUGGGUGGAGAGAUCCGGAGCUGCCAGAGGUGAUCCAGAUGUUACAGCACCAGUUCCCAUCCGUUCAAUCCAACGCUGCAGCCUACCUACAGCAUCUCUGCUUUGGAGACAACAAGAUCAAAGCCGAGAUCCGCAGACAGGGAGGCAUCCAGCUGCUGGUCGACCUCCUGGACCACAGGAUGAGUGAGGUUCACCGCAGCGCCUGCGGGGCCCUGAGGAACCUGGUGUACGGCAAGGCCAACGACGAGAACAAAGUGGCCCUGAAGAACUGCGGGGGGAUUCCCGCCUUGGUCCGGCUGCUGAGGAAGACUGGAGACGUGGAAAUCAGAGAGCUGGUCACAGGUGUGCUAUGGAACCUGUCGUCAUGUGACGCUCUGAAGAUGCCCAUCAUCCAGGACGCCCUGGCUGUUCUGACCAAUAGCGUCAUCAUACCCCACUCUAACUGGGACUCCUCCCCCAAUCACCAUGACGACCGCAAGCUCCACCUUCAUACCUCCCAGGUGCUGCGCAAUGCUACAGGCUGCCUCAGGAAUGUAAGCUCUGCGGGUGAGGAGGCGAGACGAAGGAUGAGGGAGUGCGAUGGCCUGACAGAUGCUCUGCUCUACGUCAUCCAGACCUCUCUGGGCAGCAGCGAGAUCGACAGCAAGACGGUGGAGAACUGUGUUUGCAUCCUGAGGAACCUGUCGUAUCGUUUGGCUGCCGAGACGUCCCACGGCCAGCAGGGGGGGUUGGAGGAGCUGGACGGCCUGCUUUGUGAUGCCAACGGCCGCGAUGGAGAGAGCUCUGGCUGCUGGGGGAAGAAGAAGAAGAAAAAGAAGGGAGCCGAUCAGUGGGAUGGCGUGGGCCCCUUUCCGGACACGGCUGAGCCCCCCAAAGGGGUUCAGAUGCUGUGGCACCCCACAAUCGUCAAGCCAUACCUCACCCUGCUGUCUGAGUGCUCCAAUCCCGACACCCUGGAGGGAGCAGCCGGGGCUCUGCAGAACCUUGCCGCAGGCAGCUGGAAGUGGUCAGUGUACAUCCGGGCUGCUGUGCGUAAGGAGAAAGGCCUUCCCAUCCUGGUGGAGCUACUGAGGAUAGACAACGACAAGGUGGUGUGUGCUGUGGCCACGGCUCUCAGAAAUAUGGCCCUGGACAUCAGGAACAAGGAGCUCAUCGGUAAAUAUGCCAUGAGGGAUUUGAUCCAUCGGUUACCAGGCAGUAGUAGCAGCAGCAACAAUAACGCCACCAGCAGUGGGACCUCGGGGACCACAGGCCCUCCCAGCAAGGCCAUGUCAGAUGACACGGUAACUGCCAUCUGCUGCGCGCUGCAUGAAGUCAUCACCAAGAACAUGGAGAACGCCAAAGCCCUGCGAGACGCCGGUGGCAUAGAAAAGCUCAUCGGCAUCGCCCGCAGCAAAGGAGACAAACACUCAGCGAAGGUGGUGAAGGCAGCCUCUCAGGUCCUCAGCAGUAUGUGGCAGUACAGAGACCUGCGUUCCCUCUACAAGAAGGACGGUUACUCCCAGUAUCACUUUGUGGGUUCUGCCUCAACAAUAGAGAGAGACAGACAGCGGCCGUACUCCUCCUCACGGACCCCCUCCGUCUCCCCUGUCAGGACGUCCCCGAAUAACCGCUCCGCGAGCGCUCCAGCCUCCCCCAGAGAGAUGAUGAGUCUGAAGGAACGCAAGAUGGACUACGAUUCCACGGCAACCAACGCUGGUUUCCAUAGCAACAAAGGAGAGCACACAUCCCGGAAAGACGGCAUGGCAGUUCAAGUUUCCUGCGGGACUUCCACGCUGUUCCGAAACUCCUACCUGACCGCCAGCGAUGAUAUCAAGCAAAACCAGGCCCCGGCCCAGCCCUGCGUCGUGCCCCCUCAGCCCCAGCAGGACAGCCCGUCAGCAGCCGUGCUAAAAGACUACGACCCCUACCCUCCCCCUCCUUCCUUCCCCCAGCCUCAGCCGCCGCAGCCUCCACCUCACAGCCAGAGCCGGAGCUUCGACGAGGUCUACUAUGAGGACCAGGGACCUCCACCUCCCCCGUCCCAGCCACAGCCGCAGGUCCAGGCGCAGGCCCAGGCGCAGGCCCAACCCCAGCAGCCUCCGAACGCCACCGGGCCGCCCCGAGACCCGCGGGAAGACCUGCGCAUGCAUCUGGGCCUCAAAUCCACCGGCAACUACGUAGACUUCUACUCGGCCUCUCGGCCAUACAGCGAACUGAACUACGAGACCAGCCACUACCCGGCCUCGCCUGACUCCUGGGUCUAG